CGGUGCCGUAUCGUCCUUCCCCUUAUCGUGUUCUCUCCUCCUGCCUUAUCGUACGAUACGGGGAGCUCGACGACGGCUGCUGCUCGCAUCCGACAGCUCGACAGACGUUGGAGGCGCUGGACUGUCGUCCUCGCCACCUCUCGCGACCGACUAGGCUGAUCGGUCGGUCAUCGGACCGCGAUACUACUUAGGCGCCCGUCCUCCUACCUCCGCGAUACCUCAUUGAAGGGCGCCUUCCAUACAUUGUUGACACCUGGGGAGUACUUCUGCAUCAUGAUGAACAGGUCACACGACCCCACACUUCCCCUCGAACUGCAACUCUGCAUCCUGGAGAACCUACAGGAUGACAAGCGUGCUAUGGCUACAUGCGGCCUAGUAUGCCGCACAUGGGUCUCUCCGACUAGACGUGCGCUAUUCGAGAAGAUUACACUCCUAUACCAUGAUCGCGCCACUUUACUGGACCUGCUCUCGUCCCCUCGCGCCACAUUUGCAGAUCACGUCGAGUCUCUCAGCAUCGUGGGCGAUUCGACGUUGACCGGCUCUGCUAAAUUCCACGAUACCCUCGGCACGCUUAGCGCCAUGUCUGCAAUUCGCACGUUGCACCUCGCCCACGUCGAUGUUAGCACACUAGAUGAUGCUGCACUAUCCUUAUUCCAUUCCUCCUUUGUCCACAUUGGUACCCUCAAGCUUGACUACGUCAGACUUGCAAGUCCAGCGACACUAGCGCGCUUCCUCGCGGGCUUUGUCGGUCUGCGACAUCUGCGUUUAUGCGCGUCGUUUGCUGGCAUUUCGUCGCGACCGCUGGAUGUUCCGCUGCCUAGCUUCCAACUGGAAAGCUUGACAUACACUACCCAAGACUACAGCGAUUUGUGCGGGCUCAUGUCGUGGUUCACCCUGUCUGACCUCUCGCGGCUCGAGAGGCUAGAUAUUGGACCAAUACCGCGUACUGGGUUGCUCGACUUAGCGAAGCUUAUGCGCGCUAGUGACGGCGAACUGCGCCACCUUGCUAUACGGCUGCUGGACACUGUCACGUCAGGUGACAUCGCCGACUGCCUCGACUUCGCCGCAGUGCCCCUGCUCCAGUCCCUCCAGGUCUUCGUCUCCCUCCCCAAGUUCGGCCAGCAUCGCGGCAGCUCCGCCCUCGCCCUCCUCCCCUGCGUCGGCUCGUGUCUCUCGCAGCUCACGCUCCUCGUGAGCGCCUCCUCGCCCCUUGAGCUCAACCGCUUCGACUGGGGCGCGCUCAACGCGGCGCUCGCGGGCUGGCAGUACCGCGCGCUGCGCGACCUGCACGUCGACGUCGCGUGCUUCCGCGACCCGCAGACGAUCGCGUCGACGGUGCGGGAUCGGAUGGGGGUGUUCGACCAGCGAGGGAUCUUGAGGGUUGAGGUCAAGACUAUGGCUUGGACGCGGGUGGCUUGAAGGGGCUGGGCAUGAUGCUAUGUGUGAGCUUGUGGGAUAGUCUUGGAAAUGAAGCGCGUAUGAUCUGGGUACUAAUACAGUCGCUGGGAAAUGGGAUGUCUUGAUGUAGAUGAGGGUGGCGCCUGACUGUGGAUCGAUUAGAUUUCCUUACCUUAAUCUACAUACCACUACUCAUUGUGCACUUUUGAGCUAUGCAUUCGAGAUUUCUUGGAUUGGACUUCUCGAUCGUCAAUGCAGACGGGCAG